ACGGAAACGAGAGGCGCGAGGUACAGUUUUUAUCGAGUGCCAUAUGGAACGAUUUUUUUUUUUGCGUGCACAAUUUUUUCUACGGUUCCACCGACUCGCUCUCUAUCGGAGAUCUCGAAAUAUUGCGAUAAAAAACGUAUGCUUGUAUUUUUGGGGGGAACGAUAUGUAGUGGCUCGAUAGGCCGUUUAGAUUUUUUUUUUCCUCAACGAAUUCAAUCCGUCGUUCGAAUUCCGUGAGGUCGAGUGUAUGCAUGGCACGCAUCGUUAGAACUCUUUCGUGACCCGACCGUAAUAGCUUCCGGUCAGACAUCCAGCGGCGCUCGUUUCCGGUUCCCACCCUGCUGCACGUGCAUGAAAAGGGGAAUUGGUUGAUUUCGCGUUGUCAGAUAUAAUCGGCCAAAUAUAUAUAACGUCGUGUAAAUUUCCGCGGCGUUUGCUACUUUUUCCUAUCGCGGCUAGCGCGCGAAUGUCGGUGAGAAUGUGCGCUCACCGUCGCGCAACGAGCCGUAUUAUGCGGGCAGCGCGAUUGUCCGCGCCAUUAAAACGUUUCUGACGGAUUUUUCAAAAGCAAUUUUCUUUGCCAUCUUUUAUUAUAUAAGAUGCUGGAAUUCUGCGAGGUAUCGCCGAGGAGUAUAACGGAAAUCUAGGAAACCGUAAUAACGAGCCGCGAUUCCAUUUCAUCUGCCAAGGCUACCGUUAUCGAGCAUCCCGAAGAACCUCCUUCUUUUUCUGCUCACGCACAUGCACACGGGCGCUAAUUAAUUAUCGAGGUGUCUUCUAAUUUCUCGAUGGUAUGCGCGAUAAUAAUGUGUUUAACAUGCAGGCGUCUGUUUAACGUGACGAUUUUCCAUCACGUCGAUGUAAGAUAUCUGUGUACGUAGAUAAAUGCAUAUUCUAGGAAAUCCUGUUUUUUUACAAGACACCCGUUGAGUACUCGCUCGCAUUAACAGUCUUGCUAUUGUACGCGGGUGUAAUUCGACGACAGGUGUACAGGGCGGCCCAUAAAAUGCGUGUCUUUUUUGCACGUUAUUUUCUUGUGCUAUUUUUUAGAUUUGUAUUUGUUUAGAACUUGUUGAAGCAUUUUUUACAGUGCACAAAUAACGAUUGUAAAAUACAACGUUCAUUUGAUUUCUUUUACGGAAAAAUUAUUUUAGUAAAUAUUUUGACUAAAUAUAAAAAAUUUUUAUAUUAAAUAAAAUUAUUUUUUUUUUAAUAUUAUGUAGAAAAAAAUAUUAAAGACACUAAUUUAAAAACUUUAACAUUAACAUAAUGAUUUGUACAAUUGUUUUAUGUAAUUUUUAGAAUGUUAAGAUUUGAUUUUCAUAAGUUGAGAUUGAAACUUUUAUUAUGCACUAUCAAAAUAAUGUCCAUGGAUGCCUCGUAAGCGUGAACAACAGAAACACACCACACCUGUAACCGACGGAAUACAUUAAUGAAUCCUUCCUCACCUGACUAUCGGUCACUUGACUCAUUUCCUGUGGAUUGAAAGAACCCCCCCGGUACGUUUAAAAUCGUCGAUACAAUUGCAUCCCGCGCAUCCGCUGUCGGGAUGUAAUCACGGGGACGCGAACAAAAACCCGUCAUUGUCGCUACACAGAGGACAGUGUAUUGCGGAGUAUUGCAGAGGACAGUGAAAGUUAAAACAGCGAACGUCCAUCCGUUGUAUAAUUUUUUUGUACGUUUAUUUAUUGAUAUAUAACAAGAGAUUGGAGUUGUAAUAUAUAAAUUAACGUACAGAAUGUAAGGAAAUGUGUCCAAGUAAGAAUAUUACUUUAAGGAAAAAAAAACGUACGAAUAGAUAAUUAUCGUUAGCAAUAUUGUAUAAUACAAGAAGAAUAGGAUCGGAAUAGUAAACACAUUUUUUAUUAAUUUUCAUAUCGCUUUAUAACGGAAUAAAUAUAGGUUCUAUCCGAGCAAUUUCUCUAAAAAUAGCACAAAUAUACGGUUCGGUGCAGUGAAGUGGAAGGAGGGAAGGAAGGACGAAAGAAAGAAAAGGAAGCUUCGUGGAACCAGUACGAUGCAAGGUGCAACACGUGCUGCUCGACAGCUGUUUUCCGGUUUAAGUUUGGACGUUAAGUCCAUUUUUAAUUUUGCGCCCGGGCGCACCUUUAAAUAAUAAUAAUUACAACGCGACACCGGGGGUGAAUCCUCCCCGUCUGCUACAAACUCGCGAGUCAUUCAUCGAAGCGCGCAUAAAUUUUCUUCAUAUACAGAGGUCGCAUUCCAGAGAAUCGUAGAUCAUCAUAACUGCACAGUUAUCUUCUACCGUGUCUCACUGUUUAAAGAUCGGAGCUCCGAACGACGUGAGAGAAUCCGGUCUGAUCAGCAAAUUAUUUGCAGGUAGUCUGCUAUUUCUAUUCGAUGUAAGAAACGAGAGAAAAAGGCAAAAGGAAGCGGCGCAAAUUUCGAAUUAACCUAUCUAUCUAGCCAUGGAGGACGAAGACUUUGGUUUCGCGAAGAGAACGGACAAUGUCCUGAAAAAGGUUUUCACCGUUAGCAAUGAACAAACACAUAGGAAUACAACUCAUAAUGUUGAACAUCUAAUCUGUUCCCCACCUAAGACAUCGGAAGUCGUUGGUGGAGGUGGAUCAACGACACCAGCGCCUCUGAUCGAGGCCGGAAGCAAGGGCCCUGAACGCGCGUCAACCGCCGUUGGCUCAGUCGUGCCCAACACGCCGAACAUACCAAACGUGGUGGAGUACCAUCUUAAAGUGAAGCCUAGGUCAACGACAAGGCGCUGCCGGCUCGAUAACGUUCCCGAUCAAUCUCUGGAAGAGAUGAAAAAGGAAAAGAGUCCGGUGUCUUCUGACGAUAAGAAGAAGGAUCUUGUGUCAAAACUGUCGCGGUUGUCCAUCGACAAUAAUGUUUUCGAGGGCUCUACUGAUCUGCCGCAAGUAUUUCAGGUGAAAUAUUUGGGAUCCCAUGAUGCAAGAGGCCUUUGGGGCAUCAAACAUACGAGAAGGCCCGUCGAUAAUAUGGUCUCCGCAGCGAAGGCUUUGCCGACUAACACAAUGCUUCCUCUUAUCAAGCUGGUCGUUUCUCAGGAGGGAGUUGCCUUGCUGCCGCUAGACAAGAGGAAGCAAGAUGCCAAUUUAUCUAAAAUGUAUCCUAUCGAGACUAUCUCCUACGGAGUGCAGGAUCUCAUUUACACCAGAGUCUUUUCCAUGAUCGUCGUUCGCGAGACGGAGAAUUUCAGGAGAAUUUCGCCGUUCGAGUGUCACGGUUUUGUCUGCGAAUCAAAGUACUAUGCAAGGCAAUUGACGUAUGCUCUCGCUGCAGCUUUCGAGAUCUAUUCUAAGAACGUAAAGGCUCAAGAAAAGCUGACCGGAGUCACCGGCGGGAGCAACACUGUCAGGAAGAGGUUUGCCAUUGAUCUGAGGAGUCCCGAGGAAAUCGAGGCGGAUCUUACAAUGGAUUCCGAAGCGUAAUUUUUAAAAUCUAUUGUAUUUAUUACUUUAAGAUGUAGAUAAAUGUAAACUUUUAAUUAGAAGUAUAUAUAAAAACAAAAAAGAGACGUUUAGAGAAAACUUCUACAUGAAGGAAGUAAAAAAGAAUUUGAAAGCGAUGAGCUUGAAGUACGUUUCGGAAAUCUAUUUUGAAGUACAUACAUGAUUUUGUCUUAACGCGUAACGUGAUGUAAAAUAGAUUAUUUUAUAUACCUCAAAUAAUAUUUCUUUAAAAGGACAAUACAGGGUAUAAGGUAGUUUUAGAUUUUUAAAAAGAAAUCGCAUUUAAUUAUAUUAUUUCAAGGAUUUUUAAUUUUUCCAUAGUAUUCCAUAGUUUUUGUUUCUGUUUAAAACCAGAGUUAGAGAAAAAAAUAUUUUUUUACAGUGAAAUAAUUAUUCUAACAAAAAAAGUAUAUCUUGUUUGCAAAUAGAUUUAUUGAAAUAUUUUAUAUGUUUAUAAUUAAAUAAAAGAAUUAAUAGAUAAGUUUAUGUAAAUAAUUGUAGAUAUAGUAAUUGUAGAUACAGUAAUUAAAGAUGUAAUUAAUAUUGAAUGAAUAAUUAUUUUUAUAUCGCGCAACAUAUUCUAUAUAAUAUUUCCGAAAAAAGACAACUUUUCACAUUAUAUCAAGUAUAUUAUUAAUAUAUUUUAAUAUCUAGUUUCUUUUUAAUACAAAUCAAUGAUUUCGAAUUCAUUUAUUUUAAAGUUUAGUUUAAAAUAUUCAAAAUUACUAUCUAUGUAUACAUUUAUGAAUUGGUGUGCAAGAAAAAGAGAGAAAGGAAAAGAGAGAAGAUGAAAGAAAUAUUUAUUGUCAGAGUGUUGUUAUUUGAAUAUGUGUGUUUGUAUAAUUGUUGUUUGUUUUAUUAUUUUAUCGGCAUUGCGAAAAGUUAGAUAGGUCUCGGCGAUCCGAGACAUGAUAGCUAGCUAUCCAAAGAUAUCGAAUAGAAAAUGAUGGAAACGCGAGAGUUGUGGAUGAUAUUUCAAGCGUCGCGACUUGUGCGAUUUCAUGAAAAUUUUAUGAUGUUUGACAAAUUAGACGAUUUUGGAUUUAUUUCUAGCUGUCUUACGUGUGCAUGUGUGUUUCUAAUUUAAGUUUUUUACUUUAAAAUUAUAUAUAUUACAUUGAUGAACUCUAUUAUGUGUAAUAAUAACAGAAAACUUAUUAUUACUUUAUGCACUUUAUAUAUUUAUUUGUUUUAUAUUAAGUUUUAUAUUAAUUCACGAAAGACCAAUAUCAAGACAUAUCAAUUGUUGUAAAUAGAUAGCCAACAACAUUUUUUUAUUACCGUAUAUAUUGCUUAUUUAAUCAAUAAGUUCUUUCUUUGAUUAUUUUUAAUACGUUUGCGAAAUUAUCGUGUCACGAUUUUUAUAUAUUUUAGGCUUGGGACAAUCGUGUAACGUUUUUCUUGUACACACGUGGCUUUAUGCUUUAUCUAUCAGUAUUAAGUGUAUGUUUUCCUUAUAAUUAUAAAUAUAAUUAAAAAUAUAAUAAUUAUAAAUAUUAUUAAAAGUA